AUGAGACCGUUUCUCCCCCUGCUCUCGAUGAGCGCCGUCGCGCAGGCGCUCUACUUCUACAUCGACGGCACCUCGCCUAAGUGCUUCUUCGAGGAGCUCCCUAAGGAUACGCUCGUUGUUGGCCACUACACGGCUGAGGAGUGGGAUGACAGGAUCAACCAGUGGGCCAAGCACGAUGGUCUCAGCAUCUACAUCUCUGUCGAUGAAACCUUCGACAACGACCACCGCGUCGUCUCCCAGCGCGGCUCUUCUUCUGGCCGCUUCACCUUCACGGCUGCCGAUGCCGGCGACCACAUGCUCUGCUUCACCCCGUCCUCCACCUCUGGCCGCGCCGGCUGGCUCUCUCAGCACUCCCACAACGGUGGCAUCCGUCUGACUCUGGACCUCGCCAUCGGCGAGAGCAGCGAGAUUGAGAGCUCUGACAAGAGCAAGCUCGAGGAUAUCGCCACCCGUGUCAAGGACCUUAACAACCGCCUUUCCGACAUCCGCAGAGAACAGGUCUUCCAGCGUGAGCGCGAAGCCGAAUUCCGUGACCAGUCCGAGUCUACCAACGCCCGUGUUAUCCGAUGGAUGCUCAUCCAGCUUGUCGUGCUUGCCGUCACUUGCACCUGGCAGCUGUCGCAUCUGCGGUCCUUCUUCAUCAAGCAGAAGCUCACGUAA